AAUGAAUAAAAUUAUCUUGCUAUGAAUAACAUUAUAGAUAGCUUCGCUGUGGGUAAGUUGACAUUCACAUACACGCUUCGCAUGGAAAACAGUAGAGAAAUACAAGCUGCAGUUACACAAAGGCUCUACUGGACUGGACCUAUCUCUAACACUAUUAUAAGAGUCUGCACGUGCAUAAGACGAUUGGAUGGACGUCGGUCGUAGUAAAAGAGAAGAUCCCUCGCCAGGAAAUGGGCGUGGUCCGAUGAGGCGCUCCUCUGGAGAAGAUCGGCGAAUACCACACAGGCACAUACCGAGAGAUGUUGAAGAGACUCGUAGACUACAGGAAGCUCGGUGGAAGGAUAAUGACAAGAGAAUGGAUCCAGCUAUGGGCUAUCACCCACAACGACCACCGAAUACACACCCUCACACACAAGUGACAAGAUUUGAUCACGAAAACCUUGCCAAGAUGUACGAUCAACUGUUAGCAAAAGUGCGCAUGUUACAACACGAGAAAGACAAGCUCCAAGAUCUUGAAGGACGCUACAUGGACGAACUGAAGAGCAUGAAGAUAUCGCUGGAGGAGAUGGAGGAAGAUCGUAAUGACCUCCGCUACAUGCUCACUGAGAAGAAGAGAGAAGUGGAGAGACUCAACGAACAGAUGGCGUGUCUUGGUCCGACACAGGAGAGUUCCAAACAGGAGGUCAGUCGUGUGUUGCACGAGCGUGAUCAGCUCAGGUCAAGGUUGAUAGAACGCAAGAGGGAUAAUCAGAAACUGCAGGAGAAGUUGUCCAACGCUAACAGGAUGUUGGAGGCAGGGAAAGGGGAUGCCCCUACUGAUCAGCGAGUGGCCGAGCUACAGAGCCAGGUCUCGGGACUACAACACCAGCUGUCUCUAGUGCAGAGAGACCGGGACAGCUUCUCAGAAGCUAACACUCAACUGAAGAGAAGUCUCGAUAUCAGUGACGCUAAAAUCAGGGAACUGGACAGUGAGCGACUGAGACUAAGUCAGAUGGUGACAGAGCGUAGAUCCUCCAGCCCUGUACGCCCUCAGGGCAGACUAACAGGGGAGAGGUUUGCACUAUCUCAUGGCAUCUCUGAUGAAAUGCUCUCUGUCAAACGGCACCGAUUGGGGGCGGGGCUAAGAGCUAAGUCGUCACAGGGAUCUAUCGACGAGGAUUUUCAUCUGUCUGAUAACCCGAACUCUCUGACUGACCUCACAUCUAUCACACGCAGCGACUCUGGCCACACCCCUCUCUCCGGAGGUCAAGAGGUCAACUUUGUUGGAAGGGCACGGGGACACAGUCUUGGAAAAUUCAGUUCCAGCACGUCCAAUCUCAUUAGUGAUGGAUCCUCUGAUAAGCACCACGGCACAUCACGCAUGAGCGAUCACAACAAUACGUUGAGGUUAAAGGUCAUACGCAUUGAGAAAUCCAUGGAAGAUCUUCGAAAGGAGAAGUUGUCGCUAACAGAAAAAAUUUCUAAAUCGGAGCAAGAAGCAGAGUUCAAAGUUCAGUCAGUGACCUCUGACCUCAAGAAGGUUCGAGAGGAAGCAGCAAAGAAAGAGAAAGAGCUCAAGACUGCCCUGGAGCAGAUCAACCUUCUCACGAAGGAAAAGGGUGUGGCUAUGCGGGAUAACGCAACAUCGUACGAGCAGUCCAUCCAGAAGGAGACGCAAAUGAGAGAGCUCCAAGCAGAGAAGCAGAUCUUGGAGCAGCAGAGAGACAUUGCUAACAAAGAGAGGGAGAGGGUCAUUGGUGAUCUGGUGGGUCUUAAAAAGAAGCUGGAGACCAUUAAAGCACAGAGGCAGAAGGACGCCAAGGACCUCAGUCUAAUGAGGCACCUCAAGGACAAGGCUGUACAGGAAGUGGGAGAUCUUCGCAAGAAAGUGGACAAGUUACAGAAUCAGAAGGAUAUAGUUAGUGAAGAGCUCGGUACUGUACAGGACACAGUUCAUAGAGCAAUGGUGAAGCUAUCCCCACGGCAACGGCACAGAUCCUCUUUACGUAACUAUUGUCCAGCUGGAGCGGCCAAUGAGGAUGCAGGAGCUGUCUCCGUCACUAAGGACUUGAGAGAGGUUAUCGAGAAAAUGGCAGUUUUGGAGAAUGAGAAAAAGGUCAUCACAAAACGUCUGUUUGGACCUGAGGAGCCGGCACAAGGUCGUAGCCUUAGCGACGUACUCCACAAGGUUGACAGUCUCUACCAAGAAAGGGAUGACUUGGUACUUGAAAUAAAUGCUCUCCAACAAAGCUCCAGUAAACUAAACGAAGAGAGAAUAUUCGACCUCAAACAACGCAUUGAAGAUCUCCUCAUGGAACAAGACGCACUCUCCAGUAGGAACAGUAACCUCAAGCGUGAGGGCAGCAUGAUGAGUAACAAGCUGAUGCGUGCUGAGGACGAGAAGGAGCGUUUUGCUGUCGAAUGUGAGCGAUUGCAGUUACAGUGUGAGCAAAUGAAGAGCACUCAAGCACGGUUGGUGGAGGAACACUCUAAAACACUGGAGAGGGUCACUGAACUAUGGAAGCAGAAGUGGCCAGUCAAUUGGGACGAUGCAUGGGAGGAGAAGCACGUAUCGAUUGACCUGGACUCUGGAGGGUUAGCUGGGUUCAGUGUUGUGGGUGGGCGUGAUCAACCUCAGCUGCCCAAUCCCGGAGCCUUCAUCGUUACCACGGUGAAUCAGGGCGGACCUGCCGAAGGUCAACUAAAGGUCGGUGACAUCCUCGAGUCAGUGAACGGCAUCAACCUGGACAAUGCCGACCAUAGAGAGGCAGUGAGGGCAGUCAAGGAGACGAAGAGGACUCUCAGUAUUAUCUUUCGUCGUCGUAAGAGUGCGUAUCCUAUCGUCAUGGGUAUCGUACAAUCAGUGAACUCUGUACCCCACCCACCACCUCCUCAAGUGGCAGUGGCCAACACUGAGACACUUGAAUAUUCUCUCUACGUCACGAGCAAAGAGAAGUCUGAUCUUGGAUUCAAAUUUGAUUGGUCGACAGUAUGCACAGUCACUGACGUGGCUGCUAUUGGCCCGGCAACGCAAAUACUGGAACCUGGCGAUCGUAUCAUCAAGGUCAACAACCAGGCCAUACAACACGAGAAGCCGUCUAACAUCAAGAAGCUCAUGAAGCCACACAAGAACAUCCUGAGGCUUGAAAUUGAGCGACCUCACAACCAGAAUGACCGGUCAUACCUCGGUCAAGCUCUCCCGGCAAAGAACGGUGCUGAAAGUUGGACGGACAGUAAGAGGUUGUCGUGGGCCAGUACUAGCACCACUCCGGUCCUCAAACCAAAGAGGGCAAUCAGCUGCGAGGAUAACACACAGCAAUCCUCUGUGUCACAUGACUCAGAGCUGCCGCUGAGUGAAGCCACGACCCAGAGGAGGGCCUCACUGACCAACUAUAAGCCUCAGAGCAGAGAGAGCUACAGCUCCCGAGACUCAAAAGACUACUCCUGUGAAACAGAGUCUCAGGAUAGCAGUGGCAACAAGCCCACAAAGCUGGUCUCUAUGGUGACUGCCGUCAAGCGUAACCAUGACAGCGGUGCGGAGGCGUAUCACCCGCAACCCCCCCAGCAACAACCACCGAGGCCUACAUCUGACGGUGUUAUAUACGGCAACUUCAAUGAGAGGAGGAUUGAGUACGAGGAAGUGCUCUUGUCCGAGCGUACUGAUAGUCAGUACUCGCAGUCUGAGAGCUAUCUCUCUGAGAGCAGUAGCUACUAUGGUGGACUGAGCAGCAGUCAGAGUAUCGACCUGACCUUCCACUCCUUCCAGACCGCCCCCUCACAUAACAGAUUGACUGUGGACACAAUGAUGACGACGCAGGCUCCCACACAGCAUCACAGUGACGAGGAGGAGGGCACAGGUGUCGGCUUUAUGGCACGUGACGAUGCCUCAAGGACCACAUUUCGUAACCGCAGUGCCGAGAUCAACUCCAACGGCAACAACUGUGAGGGUGGUCAGAGCCAACCAUCAGAGUACUCUGACUCCCAGUACACGGAGUCACAACUCAGCAUCCCGGAGUCCACUUCAAUGAGCCAAGACUUCAUUCGUGGAAAGCACUCAGGCAUAAAAGGCAUGAAAAAGAAGCGUCGUCGUUUCAACCGCCACAAAAGCUCAUCCCAAUCUCUUGCCAAACUAUCCAACAGUGACCAGAACCUCGCGCGUGGAGGACAGGGUAGUCUAGUGUCUAUGAGGGGCCGCUCCCGUAGCCAGCUGUCCCUCGGACGAGCACCAUCCAUGACUCAACUAGUGGAGGAACCUCGACGUGCUACUAGCACUACAAAUGUGACGGAGUACGAACACGACCCAUUGGCUGAUGCUACCUACAUACGCGCCAACUUCUCUUACAUUCCCCGCACAGUGAAGGAGCUCUCCAUCAAAGCCAGCGAUAUCUUCCAUAUCCAUGAUGAGGCUCCCCCGGAGAGAUUCAGAGCCUCAUUCUGGGUGUCACGGUUGAACGCUGACGGCACUGACGAACAGAUCGGAGCCAUUCCUAACUCAAUGAGAGCACAAGAGUAUCUGGAGGCACAGGGAGAAGCAAUUGAUGUGAACCUUGCACUCUACGAAGAGGUGGAGGCCUUUACCGGGCGACGCCCAGUAUUAGUGUUUGGUGCGCUCUGUGAUCAAGUGGUCUCUUUACUACUGGAAAGCUACCCUACUCUAUUCUACGCCUGUCCAACAGAGUAUGUGGAGGGUGCUGCACGUAUCACAGAGGCACGUCUGGGCCGUGAUCCCACCAUCAUUGACUUCAGACGAAGGAGGAGUGGCUAUGAGCUGUACAGAGCUGACGCCAUCUCAUCACCUGACAGCAAGAGCAAGCAUUGUCUCAUGACUGGCAGUAUUAAAGCGCUGCAUACCCUCCGAUCUAUAGCCCCUCCCAUCACCAUCCUCAUCAAGGCCAUGACCUCGGACAGCAUCAUCACAUUCAGUCCGGAUCAGAUCCCCACUGACGAAGCUAAGGCCAUGUUUGAGAGGGUGUGUCAACUCGAGGACGAGCACUCCCACGAGUUCUCAGGUGCCUUAUUCCUGAUCUACAUGGACACUCUUAUGGGACAAAUUGAAGACAUUGUCAAGAAGGAGAAGCGCAAACAAGCAUGGGUCCCCGUUACCAAGGAAACAUGAGCUACUGGAACAUUUAUCACCAUGGAAACCAUGUCACUGAACAAGAAUUUUUGCAUUAAUAAUUUCAGACAAUUUUUUUUAACCCACUCAAAAUUAUAUAAAAUCAUUGCAUUUUUUACUGCUAUAAUUAUUUUUGAACGUUUGUAAUUGUUUUAAAAUUAAUAAUUAUUUUUUUAA